AUGGCAUCUACACAGCAAACAACGACAGCCGUCGAAUUACAAGACAAUCCAGGUCAAGAGAGACAGCUAAAGGCCCCAGCCCCAACUACAGCACCCACUGCAGACAAUGUCAUGCAAGCAUCCCUCCUCGCAGACUCCCAAGUCCCAGACGGAGGUAAUGGUUGGGUUGUCAUCUCCGGAUGCGCAAUGGUUACUUGGUGGGUGACUGGAACCGCAUAUUGCUGGGGAGUUUUGCAAGCUGCCCUAGUCAAGGAGGGGGUGUCGUCGUCGUCCACUCUAUCGUUUGUGGGUUCUCUAGCUCCUGCUUGUAUUUCGUUCUUGGGAAUCAUAAAUGCUCGGGUCAUUCGUAUUAUCGGGACACGGGUUGCUGGUCUCUUCGGUAUCUUCUGUCUGGGGUUGGGGGAGAUACUGAGUGGGUUUGCGUUUCGGAACAUUGGCGGACUUUUUGUAACAGCAGGCGUUGUUAUGGGAAUUGGCAUCAGUGUCUGUUUCAUGGUCGUCUCUGUGAUUCCCGCGCAAUACUUCAAAACCAAACGUGGCGUUGCAAACGGUAUCGUCUACGCUGCCGGUGGUCUUGGAGGUGCAGUAAUCAGCUUCAUCCUCAAUGCAUUGCUCAACAGUCUAGGCACAGCAUGGACGUUCAGAAUCCUGGGCUUCAUCACUCUAGCCACAGGUCUGCCACCAGCAUACUUGAUCCAGCAACGAGUUCCAAUCCCUCCAACCAAAUUCGUCGAGUGGCGAUUAUUCCGCGACGUCCGCUUCAUCCUCCUCUUCAUCGCCAGCGCAAUCGCAACCUUCCCUCUCCUCGUCCCAGCAUUCUACCUCCCCCUGUACACUAAUGCAAUGGGCAUGAAAUCCAGCGUCGGCGCCGCCAUGGUUGCCGCAUUCAACUUCUCCUCCGCAAUCGGACGUCUUCUCUGCGGCUUCUGCUGCGAUUCCUUGGGUCCGCUGAACACGCUGUUUAUGUCGCUGUUGCUGAGUGCGUUGAGCAUGCUGAUUCUCUGGCCUGUCUCGCAGUCCAUCGGGCCUUUGAUUGUGUUUGUUAUCAUCAAUGGGAUGGCGAAUGGGGGGUUCUUCUCGACUAUGCCAACUGUUGUUGGGAAUGUUUUUGGAUCCGCGAGGGUUUCGGUGGCUAUGGGGAUGAUUGUUACGGGAUGGGCUGGGGGAUAUCUUUUCGGUGCCCCCAUUGCGGGAUAUAUACUGGACGCCGCUGGCGGCGAAGACAAUGGUCUCAAGGCAUAUCGACCGUCAAUUUUCUAUGCAGGAGGAAUGGCUCUGGCGGCGGCCGGUUUGGCAGCGGGUAUCCGGCUAAAGACAGAGAAGAGCCUGGCUAAAAAGCUCUAG